CUUCAAACCAGCAACGUUUUCGACGUUCAUUCUGCCUGUUGUUAUCGAGAAUUCGAAGAGCUAACGCUAUCACCGGAUAGAUAAGUUAACCGCAAAAAUAUUUACAAAGUAAGACUGGCCAGUGUGGUUUGUGUUUUGCGUGUCUCAGUGAACUGGGCAACUUCGUUCCAGUAGGACCUAACUCCUAUAUACUGUGUGCCUUUAGCUCCGGGCAUCGUAAAUCCCCAAGCGUCACUUUCUCUGCAAGGUUCUUUAGAUAGUCUUCGCAAUAUUGAACAAAGUAGGUGUGGUGUCCACUGUGUCCUGUUUCACCUCUCGCACUGUAAUCAGCAAGACUAUUUUGAAUCAAAAGGUAGUACAAAGACCUAUAAUUCGUCUUAAUUUUGUCUUUGUGUCAUUAGGUGUGUGAACCCGGAACGACUUGAAAAUGCCGGAAGUUUAUCGUGCCAUAAACAAUAAUCACAUGUAUGUCAAAUAAACAAAUUUGAUGGCCCUUGCCCUACUGGCACUCCUAACGAUUGUUAAUGCAGUCAGUAUCGAAGCUAGAGCGAAUGGUGCUUUGGUAAUAGGUGGGGAUCGCAUUCAAGAACUUCAUGAAAUUCAGGAAGAGCUCAAAACGAAGUUUAAAAAUUUCGAAAUCAUGAUGGAAUCUGAAGUGGGCAAACUAAAAGAGAAGAUUGCGCUGUUGGAGACAAAAGUUCAGGGCCAGGAUGUCCUGUUGCAAAGCUAUAAAGAUCGACAGGACGAUAGCACUAUUCCUACAACGAAUGUCGAAAUCAUGGAACGGAGCAGCAAAAAGACAAUUCUAGAACCCAAGACUUGCUUGGAAGCUCGUACGUCUGAUCCGUCGUUGGAAUCGGGAAUGUAUUUCAUCGAUCCGGACGGCCAAGGAAGAGGAGACGACCCCAUUUACGUGUAUUGCAACAUGACUACCGGAUCAACAUCAGUGCUUCACGAUAGCGAGGAUGCAAUUGAAGUCGGCCACUGUUUCGAUCCCGGAUGUUAUUCUAGACAGAUCAAGUACAACGCUACGCUAAGACAGAUUACUAUGCUUAGUGAACUCUCGAAUGUGUGCCAGCAAUCCAUUAAAGUUGAUUGCUAUGAUGCCGCUUUCGAGUUCAACGGCAUUCCUUACGCUUGGUGGACCGACCGCAAUGGUGAAUCACGGUAUUUUUGGGCAGGAAACAAUAACAAUGCAAGCGGUCGUUACCAUACUUGUCAAUGCGGAUUAGACGGAAAUUGUAAAGACAAAAGCCUUUCGUGCAAUUGCGACAGCGAUUUGGCCAUCGAGUUAUCAGAUGUCGGAACUCUAAUGGACAAGGAAUUGUUGCCAGUGACAGCAUUGCAAUUUGGACGAACUAUAGCACCCACUUCUACGAACCGUCACACUCUCGGUCGGUUAGAGUGUAGCGGAAAAGUUGUACUCAAUGGAAUGCCUUCCUCUUGUCAAGAUCUUUGGCGGAUCGGAUAUACCCUGAGCGGAUUGUAUUCCAUCAAAGGAUCGUCUUCUAGCAAAGUUGAAACAGUUUACUGUGACUUCAGCAAACUGCCUGGCGAUCAAGAUCUUGAGACUCGGAUUGGAUCCAAUAACAUUGUAUCAGUGCCUGUGUACUUCACCGUUGGGAGGACCACAUCAUUCUCUACUUUAAACACAAUCCUUUCCUUCGAGAAGGAAUCAUUGAAUGUCGGCGAUGCUUUUAACAUGUCGACGGGUGUUUUUACAGCACCUCGCAACGGAACGUACUUUUUUGCUUUCUCCGGCUUCCCAGAAAAUGGCAACCCUCUCUAUUUCAACCUUCAGUUGAAUGAUGAGAAUAUGGCCAACUGCUACUCCCCCUACGUCGCAACAAAUUGCAAUAUUCCAUUCACCACGAAACUAAGUUCAGGGGAUCGAGUUCAGUUGUUUCUCCAAACAGGAUCAACAAAUAGUGCGGUUUUUACCGGUUGGCUGAUUGCGGAAGAUAUUUUCCAAUCUUAAAUUCGUGGAAUCAAAACGGAAACCCUAUUAAGCGCUUUAACAACCUUAUGAUCAAUAAAACAUUUUCCAUUUUAUCA